CAAUUUUCUCAAACGACAAAAGAGACUUCCUGAGAAAAGGAAGUAUUAUGUAUUACACGAAUUUCUAAUAACACUAUAUGAAAGAAAUGCUGAGUUUUAAAUCUUGUUCUUCUUUUUCCUGGGGGGGGAAUACAGUUUUACAUGUUCACAAACAGCCAUUCUGCAUGACAGUCACAUGGUGGUCAAAAGGUUAAGUUUAAACAGCAGCGCAUCUGUGGGAUCCAAAAAGAUUUCAACAGCUUAUUACUGGACACAAAACCACACCACCCCGUUUGCUCUUUGAAAUUUCCAAAUAUUGCAGAUAUUGGCACAUUUUUGCUGAGACGGAAUUUAUUGAUCCAGACUGGACAACGUUGCUCUGUACUGUAUUUAGAGUUACAGAGGGCAUUUUUUUUUUUCUCUAACAUUUUACUAAAUAUGCUGGCAGCAGUGAUAGCUCAUGGGCACCAUUCUGGCUGUCUAUGUCUAACAGGUAGCAACUGCCUGUCUUGCUUGUAGUAAAGGAGCUCUUUCUUGUGAAUGCUAUUUUAAGAAUCAGUAAUCAUCCAAAGCCAGAUUUACUCUAACAAGCACGCUGAGCUUUGAUAGCCUUGUUUUGUUUUGUUUUUUUACUUCAUGGUAGGUCAGAGACCAGUCACAGAGUUCAGUGACAGAUCAACAGUGCUCGAACAACACGUGUAAUGUGUGUGCAACAUUUUUCUGUAUUCUUAAAAACUCAGAUCAUGCUGAGAUUAAAUUCACAUGGAAAAUGCAUCAUUAUCAAACUUAUGCUUGAAGAAGUCUAGCUGACUGGUGAUUAAAAAUAUCAGUCUGGGCAAAGGCAGCUCCUUUUCGCUGUUAGAAACGCAAGCACAGUUAGCCUAUAAGCGUCAAACACUGGGGUGGCAGAAACCAUAGAAAUGACAAGAUUUGAUUAUUCAUGACUUGCAGGAGAAAAUCCAAAAAUCAAAGUUAUUAGGAUUCAGGAAAACUUACGUUCAUAUGCAUACAUAUUUGGCAUAAAUAAUACCAAACUUUGGGACGGGACGGGCUUGACUGACAGACACCUAAAUAAAGAGAGUUAGUAAUCAAGACGUAAGGAAAUAAAGGCGUGGAUAAGGGUUUCCAGAUCUUUAGAUGAUAAGAUAGAUACCAUAUAAUUUUAUUAUAGGCUUUUAGUAACAGAUUGCCUAAAGAUACAAUUUCAAAUUGUUUUUUGCUAAAUUUUCUGAUAUGUGUAGACACAACAUGGGUUCAUCCCUAGUAUUUGGUGCUUUUUUUAAAUACUUGAAUUAUUCAUAGAUGGGUGUUAAAUGGCUUAACGAACCAAAAACAAAACCAUUCUCCGAAAGUUAUGCUUUUCUCUGAAAGUGACCCCUGCAGGAAGUUCCUUUGUGCCAAUGGAAACUAGUUCAGUCAAAGAGCACACACUUUGCCCUGACGUUUUAGCAAGAUUCUCUGGUUAUCCUAUUAAAGGGUUAUGUCUCCUUUUAGCUGCCUCAAGAUGUAAAGCUUAAGGAGGUUGUUGUUACUCAGAGCUCAGAGUAGGUGCUACACUUUCCUCUGUGGAUUCACUUUGAUCAGCAGCUCUCUACAGGUUUCUGGACAAAAGUCCCAAUCAUCUGGAGUGAAAAUGGGUGCCCACGGCUCCAACCUGGAUGAUAUCCUGGAGGAGGACAUGCACCACUGGUACACAAAGUUCAUGAGGGAAUCUCCUUCGGGGCUCAUCACGCUCUUUGAGCUGAAGACAAUGCUUGAAAUGAAUGGUAUGACAGAGGAGGCCAGCAGCUAUGUGGACCAGGUCUUCGUCACCUUUGACAUGGAUGGGGAUGGCUAUAUAGACUUUGUUGAAUAUAUUGCAGGCAUUAGUUUAUUACUGAAAGGAGAAAUAAAUCAGAAGCUAAAGUGGUACUUCAAGCUCUUUGAUCAGGAUGGAAAUGGAAAAAUUGACAAGGAUGAACUGGAAACUAUAUUUAAGGCCAUUCAAGACAUCACCAGAAGCUACGACAUCCCUCCAGAAGAGAUUGUGAAUCUUAUAUAUGAGAAGAUUGAUGUCAACGGAGAAGGUGAGCUGACGCUGGAAGAGUUCAUCAGUGGAGCAAGGGAGCACCCUGACAUCAUGGAUAUGCUCACUAAGAUGAUGGAUUUAACUCAUGUCUUGGAAAUUAUUGUCAAGGGUCAACGGAGGAAAGCUCUGAACUGAGUCAGUAAACAACAA